GGUAGGCGGCCGCGGCAGUGGCGGCCUGUGGUGGCGGAGCGGUUGCAGCGGUGGAGCCCGAGCCAUCUCGCCGAGCCGAGCAGAUCCUUCCUUUCCUUUCCUUCAGUCAGUGGCUGCCUCUCGCCCGAGCGACGCGCAGUGCCCGUUUCGUCGUUGGCGCCGCCCCGCGCCCGCCCGCACAGCCGGGAGUGGGCCUGACAGCCGGCCGACCCGGCCCGCGAGUGUGACCGGCAACAAGUAGUGUGGUCAGUGCGAGUGUGCAGCGCAUCGUUCGCAAAGGAUUUUGAGUGGAUUACCUUGGUCCCGGCCUGCUGCAGCCUGAAUGUGAAGACAAACUAAAGCUGUCACAGGCAGAGUCCACUAUUAUCGGUCGAGUUUUCUAAAGAACUCCCGACAGAACCAAUGGCUCCUCCCCAGCACAUGGAGGGAUACAAAUGUCACGUCUGUUACAAGCAGUUUGUCAAUCCGAGCAAACUGCAGCAACAUAUGCCAAUUCACACAGGAGAGAAGCCAUAUGAGUGCUCUGUGUGCCACGUGAAGUUUAGUUUUAUGGUUAGUUUGAAGGUGCACCAGAGAACACACACUGGAGAGAUGCCAUUCGAGUGUUCUGUGUGUGGCAAGAAAUUUCGUCAAUCUGGCAAUUUAAGUUCACACCUGUCAACCCACACGGGUGAGAAGCCGCACGAGUGCACCGUGUGUCACAAGAGAUUCGCGGUACUUGGUACUCUGAAGAUUCAUCUGCGAACUGCUCAUACCGGAGAAGAGCGUCCGCCAGAGCCAGUGGCUUUUACCAGGCAAAGGAAGCGACACGAAUGUCCCAUCUGUUACAAGGAGUCUUCCGGUCCGAGCAGUCUGCAGCAACAUAUGCGAAUUCACACAGGAGAGAAGCCAUAUGAGUGCUCAGUGUGCCACAUGAAGUUUACUUUUGAGGUCGCUUUGAAGGUGCAUCAGAGAACGCACACUGGAGAGAAGCCAUUUGAGUGCUCUGUGUGUGGCAAAAAAUUUCUUAUAGCUGGUGGUCUACAGUCUCAUCUGCUAACCCACACGGGGGAGAGGCCACACGAGUGCACAGUAUGUCACAGGAGGUUCGCGCUCAUUCCCAAUCUGAAGAUUCAUCUGCGAACUCACACUGGGGAAAAGUUGUACGAGUGCACCGUGUGCCAGAGGAAAUUCACCCAAUCUGGCGGGUUGCGGAGGCACUUCCGAAAGCACACUGGGGAGAAGCCGUAUGAAUGCCCUGUGUGCCAGAGGAAAUUUGCUGACUCUGGCGAUAUGCAGAAACAUAUGCGAAUCCACACUGGAGAAAAGCCGUAUGAGUGCAGCUUCUGUCAAAAGAAAUUCACACAGGCUCAAGGCCUUCGGGUUCACUUACGCGUCCACACAGGAGAGAAGGCGUAUGAGUGUCCGAUAUGCCACAAGAAAUAUGCUCAGUCUAAUGGGCUGCAGCGUCAUAUUCUAUCCCACACCGGGGAGGACCGGGACCGGAGGCUGCACGAGUGUGUCGUGUGCAACAGGAGAUUCACGCAAGUUGGCUAUCUGAAGACUCAUCUAGCCCGGCACACAGGAGAGAAGCCACAUAAAUGCUCUGUGUGCCCCGAGAAAUUCGUUAGCACAGCUGAUUUGAGGUCACACAUGCUAACUCACACUGGAGAGAAGCCACAUGAGUGCACCAUAUGUCAAAAGAAAUUCUCUGUACUCAAAUCCCUA